GCUUCACUGGCUUCACCGGUUUCACCGAACCGGGGUGCGACAGUACUAUCCCAGUGAUGGCGCUAUGGCGCCAUGGCGCUAUGCUAUGCUAUGUGGUCGUGGGGAGGCCCCGUCAGAGCAGAUAUAUAACUAUCGCCCGUGUCCCUCGCUCACCACACGGACUCACUCUCCUUGAUCUCCCCCAUCACCUUAGCAUGGCUGAAUAUCUAGGGCCCACUACCAAGGACGCGUCCUCGCUGGAGGACCAGCCCGACCAUGACUUUAGCAGCACGAGCGAGCGGCUGGAUCCGGACAGCGGCGUGAGGCGCGGGCUCAAGACCAGACAUCUCAGCAUGCUCGCAUUGGCGGGUAUCAUUGGGCCCGGCUUGCUCGUUGGCGCGGGAGGUGCGCUGCACCAGGGAGGCCCUGCGUCGCUGCUGAUCGGCUUUGGGGUCAUCGGCAUCAUCGCGUUCAGCAUCAUGCAGUCCCUGGGCGAGAUGACGACGCUGUAUCCCAGCGGUGGCGCAUUCACCAAACUCGCGGACCGCUUUGUCGAUCGGGCCUUCGGCGCUGCAGUCGGCUGGAAUUAUUUCGUCAUCUGGGCCGCGGUGUUGGCGAAUGAGUACAAUGCCAUCUGCUCUAUCUUCAACUUCUGGAGCGACAAGGUCCCGCUGUGGGGCUACUUCCUGCUCUUCUGGUUCUUCUUCCUCGGAUUCCAGUUGCUCGGCGUGGAGGCCUUUGGAGAGGCGGAGUUCUGGCUCGCGCUGAUCAAGCUGGCGGGCCUGGUCGCGUACUUCAUCUUCUCGAUCAUCUAUGCGGCUGGAGGGCUGAAGGGGCAGACAGAGCCCCUUGGCUUUAGGUACUGGCACGACCCGGGCGCAUUCAGCGACGGCUUCCGCGGCGUCGCAUCCGUCUUAGUCUUCUGCGCAACCUUUUAUGCGGGCUGCGAGUCCAUCGCCGUUGCCGCGACAGAGACCAAGAACCCGUCCGUCGCCGUGCCGCUCGCGAUCCGCCAGGUGUUUUGGCGCAUUCUCUUCAUCUACAUGGGUAGCGCCUUAUUUUUCGGGCUCACGUGUCCCGCCAACUCGCCGCAGUUCUCCGAGGCCGCGCGCGCCCUCAAGUCGCCCAUGAGUAUCGCCAUCCAGAACGCCGGCUGGUACGGUGGCGUCCAUCUCAUCAACGCCUUCAUCUUCGUCACGUGCCUGUCCGCCAUCAACUCCUCCAUCUACAUCGGGAGCCGUACCGUGCUCUUCAUGGCGCAGGACGGCAAAGCCCCCGCCAUCCUUGGCAAGACCAACAAGCGUGGCGUCCCUACCGCCGCCAUUGUCUUCACCAACCUCUUCGGUGCGCUGUCCAUGAUGAAUGUCUCCACCGGCGCCGCCACUGCCUACAGCUACAUCGUCAAUCUGUCCGGCGUGUCGACCUUUCUGGUAUGGGGCGCAAUCUCCUUCAUCCACAUCCGCUUCCGUAGCGCCUGGGCCGUCCAGGGACGCCGCGUCGAGGACCUCCCCUUCCGCUCGUGGCUGUACCCGUACAACGCCUGGUUUGGGCUCGGCGCUAACAUCUUCCUCGCGCUGAUCCAAGGUUGGACUACGCUGGCACCGUUCACGGCUGGCACAUUCGUUGACGCAUAUAUCCUGCUCGUGCUGUUCCCAGUCAUUUUCUGGGUCUUCAAGUGGGUGAACAAGACGGAGUGGCAGAAGAUCGAGGAUGUGGACCUGGAUCAUGGCCGCCGUGCGGAUGUGGACAUCGCGAAUGUCGAGGUGGAGGAUGCGGUGGAUACGGGGAAGGGGAGGUCGCUGUGGAGAAAACUUUGGCAGGGAUUCUACGCGUAAGGGAGGAGUCCUGGAGGAACUAUAGAGUAUUACAAGGCAUAGUCCCAAUGAAAGCAAUGGGGGGGGGGCGUGGAUGGCAUAUACCCGGCUUUGACUCAAGCGCGCAUUUGUUUGAUUUGCAGCGCUGUUCUAUUGACAUUAUUAGAUGUAUCACAGCCUAAAUAGUUGGAACGACAGGAUCCAUUGCCGCAAGUAGCAAAUCACACGAGCCAGCUGCUCAAUUAAGCCCGGGACUGUCGUCUGUGGGACAAUUUCUCGAAGCACUCGAUAUCAUAUGAAAACACACGCUAGAGCAAAGCGGCCCCCCACCAUACCCCCACGAGCUAGCGAAGAAGGAAUUACCUGUUCUGGAGGGCAGCCAGUGUCAGGCAUCGCCAGCGCUGAAGGCAAAGCGGGCACCAAUAGCUUCGCUAGGUAGGUCGGAGCUAGGUAACCUGCUAGGCUGAGCUAGGCGUAGAACCAAGCUCAGCGGCAGGACGUUACUGUACGGAGGUGUUGUUCAUAAGUUUUUGUGAGUGGGUCGGGCUAGGGCCCCCUGCGUAGGCUGGCUUGGCAAUUCUGGCCAAAGUACCGAUUCUCACGCGUCACGAACACUCGAGUGCAAGAGCAAUCAAUUCUGUAGAAUAAUGAGUAGAGUAGAUA